AUGGCGGACGAUUAUGUACUUCAAAGAGACCUACAAAGUUCAAUCAGGCUGGAUGCACAGCACCUUAUCUUGAGGAUAUCUAAGGGCUAUGUAUUGAACCCUGCGAUAUCUCAAUCUCCAGAGAUGAAGGUUGCGGAGAUUGGCACAGGGACGGGAAUAUGGCUUCUAGAUUUAGCAUCUCAGCUUCCCCAAAGCGCCCAACUAGAUGGCUUUGACUUUUCCGAGGAACAAUUUCCUCACCAGGACUUCUGGCCGGCGAAUGUAACCUUUAACAGGCUUGAUGCCUUUGGAGAUGUGCCAGACCAUCUCGCUAACAAGUAUGACGUGGUCCACAUGCGAUAUUGGUGUUCCAUCGUGAGAAACAAUGACCCUGCUCAACUCAUACGACAUGCAGCAGGUCUCCUGAAACCUGGCGGUUACCUUCAAUGGGAGGAAGCCGACACCGGGAGAUUGGUGCUUCGAGGAGAACUAGCAGAACAGUUUUCACAAGUGGCGAGAUCGACCUUUACGGCUCAAGGUAUUCACUUCGACUGGCUUGGUAAUAUACCGGAGCACGUCAAACAACAGGGUUUGAAUGUUUUGGCCAGUCAAACGGAGGAGCUUCCUCUUAGUCUUGCUCCCCUCUGCUCCAUUACUUAUCUGGCGGGGCUCGCCGAGAUGUUCCGCAGAAUGGAGAGCUUUCAAAACUCAAAGAUUCCAGAUAGCAGCAGGGGCGACCUCUUGCUAGAAUUGAUGGCAGCUGUCAGACAGGGGGCAGCAUACCAUUGGCAGCCAAUAACGUUACUUGCGCAGAAACCUUCAUCAUUUUGA